GGAAGGUACCUAUAGCAGGUUGCCAGGGCCCAGCACCUCGGUAGGUGGCGACUAAGGCCGGGGAGGAAUUGUGUUUUAUCCCAAGGUUGACCACGUGUGGGCGGACCUGAGUUGAGGCAAGGGGAGGAGCGAAGAAGGGCGGGCCGGAAGAGGCGGAGGCGUUGGCCAGCUGGAGGCCUUGCCCUCAGAGGGAUUAGGACGGAAGUGCGGGGCGGGCCUACUUGGCGGCGCGCCGGCUCUAGGGGCCGGGACAGCGCGGACGGGAAGUGUGUGGGCGGAGCCAAGGUCUACCCUUGUUCCAGGACGGAGCGGAACUAGGCUUCACUCUACGCUGGCGCUUUGGACAUGAGACUGACAACGGUGGCUCAGAAGGUUCCUAUGGAAGAACUGUCCUGUGUAUGGAAAUGGAAGGAUUGGUGAGGGAUGACCCUUGCUUGCUGGUUCUGGGUGACAACUGGGAGUGUGAGAACCAGAAGAGACAUCUGAGGCAAUCUACUUUACCACAGGAGAAACCAGGAGCUCAGGAAGCAGUCUCUGAAUAUCUUGGCUUUGGGAAGCAUUUGAGUGCAAGGUUGGGCCUUCCACCAUCACAGAGAGUUCCUACAACAAAUGAUUUCCAUGAUGCAGAUGCCAAAAUGUUGGACUGUGACCAAGCCUUACACAAUUGUUCCAAAAAGUAUGUAGGCAAGAGAACUGGUGACAGUGAUGCCUGUGGAAAAGCCUUCCACCACUCCUCAGAAGUUACUCAGCUUGGAAGACAUCAAAUGAGAGACGAGCCCUAUAAAUACCCUGAAAAUGUUAAAGCCAUCAACCAUUUUACCCAUGUUGAUGAUCAAAAAAUAAUGAAAAGAGGAAAGAAACUGUAUGAAGGCAAUGACUUUGGGCACAUCUUUUCCCUGAGGUCAUCUCUAAGUGAAAACAGGAGGCAUCACCCCACUGAGAAACCAUAUAAAUGUACUGAAUGUGGCAAAUGCUUCAAACGCAAUUCUUCUCUGGUUUUGCAUCACCGAACUCACACUGGAGAGAAACCUUAUACCUGUAAUGAGUGUGGAAAAUCCUUUUCUAAGAACUACAACCUGAUUGUGCAUCAAAGGAUCCAUACAGGAGAGAAGCCGUAUAAAUGCAGUAAGUGUGGAAAAGCCUUUAGUGAUGGGUCAGCUCUGACCCAACACCAGAGGAUUCACACAGGUGAGAAGCCUUAUGAAUGUCUAGAAUGUGGAAAAACCUUUAACCGAAAUUCAUCUUUGAUUUUACAUCAAAGAACUCAUACAGGAGAAAAACCAUAUAGAUGCAAUGAGUGUGGGAAACCCUUCACUGACAUCUCUCACCUUACUGUGCAUCUCAGAAUCCACACAGGUGAGAAGCCCUAUGAGUGCAGCAAGUGUGGAAAGGCUUUCCGAGAUGGCUCGUACCUCACCCAGCAUGAGAGGACUCACACUGGAGAGAAGCCCUUUGAAUGUGUAGAGUGUGGGAAAUCCUUCAACCGCAAUUCCCACCUUAUUGUGCAUCAAAAAAUCCAUUCUGGGGAGAAACCCUAUGAGUGUAAAGAGUGUGGGAAGACGUUUAUUGAGAGUGCAUACCUCAUCAGACACCAGAGGAUUCAUACUGGUGAGAAGCCCUACGGCUGUAACCAGUGUCAGAAGCUUUUCAGAAACAUCGCUGGCCUUAUCCGGCACCAGAGGACUCAUACUGGUGAGAAGCCCUAUGAGUGUAAUCAGUGUGGUAAAGCUUUCCGGGAUAGCUCCUGUCUGACCAAGCACCAGAGGAUUCACACCAAGGAAUCUCCAUACCAGUGUCUGCAAUGUGGGAAGUCCUUCAAGCAGAACUCUCAUCUGGCAGUUCAUCAGAGACUGCAUAACAGGGAGGGCCCCUACCAGUGUCCUCAGUGUGAGAAGUCAUUCAGGAGGAGUUCAUCCCUUGUCCGACAUCAGAGAACACACCCUGAAGAGCAGCCUUUGGAAACAUAAUGCUGAUAACCACACUGUUUUCCUAGCUUUUUCAAAAACCUGCACAAAGGUGGUAUGGUUUCAGAUGUGACUCCUGGUCCUUAAGCUACAUGGAGAAUUGGUCAUUGUGAGACAUUCUGUAGCCCAGUUAAGUACAUUAUUGGAGAACUCCUGGAGAAAACAUUGGAUGAUGAUAAAUGUGAAAAAAGCUUCAAGAAUUAUUAAAGCCAUCCCCAUACAUGAUAGUGCAUACACAGGAAUAAAACAUGGGAAUGUGAAGGCACUUUCAUUGAGAUGUCUACUCAUCUUUACUUCAACAUGCUAGAAAGAACUCAUGAAUGUACUCAGUGAUCAGUAGGAAGAAUCCUUUAAAAGGGAGUGUCCACCUGCUGUCCAGAAGCAAAUGCUUCUUAUGGGCUGGAGAUUUAGCUCCGUGGCACUGUGACUGCCUCGAAAGCGCAAGGUCCUGAGUUUAAUUCCCAGUACUGAAAAACAUCAACAAUGACAACAACCCCCCCACACCAAGAACAAACAAAAAAGAAUCAGACUUUGUAAGUGUAAUCAGGAAGAGAAGUUGCUUUUAACCAGUCUGUCUUUCCUGUAUCAGCAAGGACAUCCUGGUGAGCAGCCCCACAUACCUGUCACCCUACAGCAACCACAGAAUUAGAGCUGGAGUUCACUUUGUAUUUCUGUGUUACAGUCCUUCUAGGACUCAUGGAGAAAGGGGAAACUGGACAGAACAGUUGCUUCUAAAGGAGGAGUGAUACCAUCUUUUCUAAGAUUAAAAUUGCCUCUAGAAUUGAAAAGGGUACUUUCAAGAAAUAUGAUCUGUUGCUUUAGUUGUUGAAACUAUAAUGAGUUGUUAUGUUUACCUUAUUUCCCUAGCCUCACAUUUGUUCUUCAUCGAGGGCUUCUAAUUUACUUCUAAUUUAUAUCACUCAGCCGCUCUGAUCCAUAAUUUCAAAGGUUUUGUUGCCAUGUUGAAAGUGCUUAUAAUAUGGCAAAAGAAGGCAUAAGAUAGGAGAUUUACAGUCUUUACAAUACUGUAAAGGUAUGUGCACAUAUGGGUAUAGAUUAGAAAUAGGUGAUGGAGAAAUAAAGAAGUCAGGGGACUA